UAUAAUUUUACAAUAAGCCAGUUUAAUAGAUAAAUAUCGAAUCCAGGAUUCUGUUUCCUUUCUGACUAUUGAGUUAAAUCUCACAUCCAAACCCGAUUCGUACCUUCAAGUUUUUAUUUAAACAUUUGCCAUUGAUGUAAAUGUGUUUUAAUAUGUGUUAUAAUAUAACUAAUAUAUUUUAAUUUUGUCUGUGAUAAAUUACUGCCAGAAAAGUUCAUGUUUGUUGAAAUCAAUCUCAUCUCUAGAUCGGAUCAUCUGUAUUGAAAAGUGAUUAGUUAGGCUUAAACAUUAGUUGAUUUUAAAAUGUUUAUCAAUGAACUUCCAGAGGAAUGUUUGCUCAUAAUUUUUGGUCUAAUAAAUGAACUGGAUGAUUUAUUGAACUGUUAUAAAGGUAAGUUUAUUUUAAACAAAAUAUCCACCAAAUGGAGCCAUUUAAUUGCGGAGCGAACCAGAAAAGUUAAAUAUUUGAUUGAACAUCGAGAUUGGUGGAAUUAUGAACCAUCUCUAAGUUAUCCGUUUGAUUAUGUUUAUUAUCAAACAGAGGAACCGAUCGAUGGAACUUGUUUGAGCACAUUAUUUCCUAAUUUAAGUAUUGCUGACUUUGCCGGAUUGCGUGAAAAAGUGAAACAUGAAGAUCUUGUUACAUUGGUCAAAAAUAUAAAAUCUUUCAAAGGAUUAAUUGAUCGAGUUUAUAGAGACGAAGAAUCAAUUUUCCGACAUUGUGGUCAACUAGAAAUGGUAUCUACCGAUAACAUUGAGCUAUGCAUCUUAGAGGAUGGUAUCAAACAAUUGCACCUUGAGAACAGGAAUCUACAUGUCCGUGAUUUCAAGCAAAAUGCUCACUACUUGCCAAAUCUUGAAAGAUUGCACAUUUAUUUAGAUGGAAGCUGGUCCGAUAGCUACUACGAUGGUCCCAAAUUGAAAAGACUUAAAAUACUUGAAUUGUUUUUAUUUGUUGAUUGUUUUCGAGACAUUUAUUAUGGUUUUCAGUUCAUGGAUUCAUGUCCAAAUCUUCAAAGUGCUCAUAUAAGCUUGCAAUAUGAUCAUAUUUUUGUUGAUGAAUCGUAUAAAAAUGAAUCUUUGCAAGAUUUAGUUAUUGAAUUUUAUCGUGAUGACUGUUAUGAAAGUUUCGACUGGGAUGGAUGGAAAAGAUUGUUUAUGAAAUAUCCAAAUCUUAAGCAUCUUGCAAUGUGUAGCUUCAAGAACCUGGAAAAUGAACAUGUCGAACAAAUUGUUCGCAUUUUGCCCAAUUUAGUGUUAUUUGCUGUUCGUGGAUGUCCAAAGGUGAUUCAGGAGGCUGUUCAAUCAGGACGAUCAAUCAAGUUUUAUUUUGAUGAGAAUUACCCUUACAGAAUCACAGAAUUGGAUUGGCCUCAUUUAUCCACUAAACGUGAAAAAAUAAGUCAAGGUUUUGAUUUCAUGAAACAUUGUUUUCUUAAAGAUUUUGAUAGACUUUCUACUUUCUUGAUCUCUAAUGAGGACUAAAUAACAUUAAAAGCAGAUCAUUUGAGGAAAAAUCACACAGUCAUACAAUUUUGAGCACGAUUUGACGUCCUUUCAUCAAAACUAACAAAACUAAAUUUAGUCAGAACUUUUCUAACUUCAACCUUAUUACAGGAAUGACGGGUAAA